AUUGGAUAAACCCCCCCCUCUCCAACAUUUCCACUCACACAAAUUACACACCCUCUAAAAAAAUCCAUAAUAUCAAAACAAACUAAUCCCCAUUGAAGAAGAAGAAGAAGAAGCUCAAGCUCUCAUCUCGCCAUGGCCAACAUGAUAAUGGCCUCGUCCAAGGUCCCAAUCUCCUCGGCGGCCCCUUCCCCCAUUGCCAAGCCCAAGCUCCUCCCCGUCCAAAUCUCCAUCCCAAAGCUCACCAAACCCCUCCUCCUCCAAUCCCUCAAAUCCCUGUCCCUAAUCGCCGCCACCUCCCUCACCGUCGCGCCGCCGUCCCUCGCCGCCGAGAUCGAGAAGGCGGCGCUCUUCGACUUCGACCUGACCCUGCCGAUCCAGGCCGUCCAGUUCCUCCUCCUCAUGGUGGCCCUCGACAAGAUCUACUACUCGCCGCUCGGUAAGUUCAUGGACGAGCGCGACGCCGACAUCAGGGAGAAGCUGGGGAGCGUGAAGGACACGUCGGCGGAGGUGAAGCAGCUGGAGGAGCAGGGCGUGGCGAUCAUGAGGGCGGCGAGGGCGGAGAUAUCGGCGGCGCUGUCGAAGAUGAAGAAGGAGACGCAGGCGGAGGUGGAGGUGAAGCUGGCGGAGGGGAGGAAGAAGGUGGAGGCAGAGUUGCAGGAGGCCUUGGGGAAACUGGAGGAGCAGAAGGAGGAGACCUUGAAGUCCUUGGACGCCCAGAUUGCUAAUCUCAGUGACCAAAUUGUCAAGAAGGUUCUUCCUCUGUGAUAGCAGAGUCAAAAAGAGUUCUAUAUGUAAUGUAAGAAUUGAAUAUAUUUGUGUAUGGUUUUGGGGACCAUGUCCAGGUUAAAUGAAAAAUUACUGUGCUUCUUCUUAUUGCUGUAAUCAAUAUUCUUUCUUGAUUUUGUUCUGGCUUUUCAA